GUCACGUGAUGAUUCUACUCCUGAACCUCCUCUGAAAGGAAACAGAUUUAAUCGGCUGUGUGUUCUUAUAUAUGCUCGUUUUAAGCGCUGAUUGUUGAAACCGAAGAAUUAAUUUAAUUCUAAAUAAGGACGUUGCAGUGUAACCACUUUGUUUGCAAUAAAGUGAGCGUUCAUCAUCAUCGUGCAUUCGUGCUCCUCUGAAGGGCGCUUUCUCCAUUGCUAGUCCUCCAUUCAACUGUUUAACGUUGAGCAUCCUCAUCUUUAAUAUGACAUCUAAAAUCCUUUAAGGUUACUGAGGUUUAUAAUAUAUCCUUCUAAAAGGAGGACCACUGUCAACUGUCACAAUGGCAGAAAACAAUUUCCCACCCCUGCCUCGCUUCAUCCCCUUGAAGCCAUGCUUUUAUCAAGACUUCAAUGAGAUCCCAGACGUACACCGCACCAUGUGCAAGAGGCUCUAUUAUCUAUGGAUAUUGAACAGUGCAACUUUGGCUGUUAAUCUGAUUGGCUGCCUGGCAUGGAUGUGUGGCGGGGGUGGAGCCACUAACUUUGGUAUGGCCAUCCUAUGGCUCAUCCUCUUUACCCCCUGCUCCUAUGUAUGCUGGUUCAGACCUAUCUACAAGGCCCUCAAGACCGACAGCUCAUUCAACUUCAUGGCAUUCUUCUUCGUCUUCAUGGCCCAGGUUGUAAUCAGUAUCAUCCAAACUGUGGGAAUCCCUGGCUGGGGAGUGUGUGGCUGGCUGGCCACCAUCACCUUCUUCAGCACAAACGUUGGCUCGGCUGUGGUCAUGCUGAUCCCCACCAUCAUGUUCACUGCUGUGGCAGUGCUGUCCUUCAUUGCCCUCACUAAGGUCCACAACUUCUAUCGUGGAAGUGGAGGUAGCAUGACCCAAGCUAAAGAUGAAUGGGCUUCUGGGGCUUGGAAGAACCCGCACGUCCAGGCAGCUGCCCAACAGGCAGUUGUGGGGGCCGCCCAGGGAGCAGUGCAACAGCAACAGCAACAGUACUCAGCAGCACCCACUUACAACUACGACGAACCGAUGUAGGGCACUGAGGAGAUGGAGAAGUGAGUACGAGGAGAGGACAGACAAAAAGGGAUGAUCAUGAGAACAGAGAUUUAGGUGCCCUAUAUAUAUGAAUUGGGUUUUAAUUAGAACAGAUCAUGAAAGACACGUUUUUUUGUUCUGCAAUGACGCGAGUGAUAAGGCUUCAGACAACACUACUUACCCCUUUUCUUCGAACAAUUAGGACGAUAUAUUGCCAUGUCUCAUUUUCAAUACAUCUUAAAGUAACUUUAAUUGCCAACACGUUGAUUAAUAUAAAUCUAAUGAAUAAUCUCCUAGUACAUGCCACUAUUUACAAAAAUGGGUCUGAUUUUGAAAGUUAAUCUUUUUUUGUCUUAAGCUCUUAAAUGAGGUAAGAUUGUAAUACUUUAUGUAUAUUUGAGAACCACUUAAUACUGUUGCAUUACUGUAUUAUAAGAAAACAGUUAUACAAGUUACCAUCAGAUAUACAUAACAUUGUAUCAAAAAUAUUUUUUUGAUUACAUCUAUCACAUUUCUGUCCAUAUUGAAUUUUAUAUUUCUUAGAUUCUCAGGAAAUUUGAUAGUUGUCCAGUUUGUUUAACCUACCUAACCUUUUACAUCAGACAUACAUGGGACUUUCUGUUCUGCUGCCAUAGAACCUCAAGUUCCAGGCUGUUUCUCAUCACUAAUGUUGAAGUUUCUCAGCAUUCGCAAUUUAGAGGAGCAUUGCUACUACGCUGUUAACUAUCAGUUAAACAACUACUAUGGAUCUACAUGGAUCAAAUUAAGCACAUUCAGGUUAAAAAUUAGGAUUAAAAAAACAUUCAAAAUCAACGAGUAAUUAUUUAAUAACAAACCUGUAACAAAAAUACUUUUGCCGUCAAAUUGCACAGAGAUAAACACAAAUGUAGUCUUACUGUCCCAAUGGAAAUAUGUACUGUUGUAGAUGGACUAUCAGUGGUAUUGUCAGAUGUUAUGGAUGUUUGUGCCCAAUAGUAAAUCCUUGCUGUCAACCGAAUGCUUAAACAAUGAUAAUGUUUUUGAUUUCCGGAUUUUAGACUGUACCAGUGAAUAUAUACUGUGGCUGUCAAUGUUAGUACCUGAGUAGAUGUGAUAUGAGCAACAUAGAGUACAGUAUUAUUGCAAACUUUUGUUUUCAAACUGGAAUUGGAAGGACCUCCUGUUGUCUAAUUAGGCUCAUUAUUAAUUGUCUGUACAGAUACAGCAUUCAUCUUAUUACGGUGCAAAGUUUUGCCAUGUAUCUUGAAUAAAGUUUACUCCUAAAUGAAUUGAUGGAUAUAACAAUGAGUAUACAGUAAUAGGCACAUGUGAUAAUGGGACAGAUGUAUGCUAGUAUUUCUAAACCUGUGAAUUGUCCUGUCAGAUUGUGUGUUUAAGUUUAUUUGUGUCUUAGUCCUUAUCUAAAACAUUUGUGUAAAUACCUCCAUUGUGUGUGUAUUUUCUAUGAUGUACGAGAGCGCGUAUGAGGCUGUUAUUUUCUAUGAUUCUUCAUGGUGGUUGGUAAUGUGUCUGAAAAUCAUAUAGUGUGCUUAUUCUAAUUAUUGAGGAAUUGUGUUUCUACACUGGAAUAACUUUACUCAAAGUACAGUGUGAUUCGCAUAAUUCAUGUGCAUAUUAGCAAUAUCAUUAAGAAUACUGUACUAAAGCAGGCCAGUCCAAAUAUGCAGGGUCUGUAAACAAGAUAAACAUUAAUCUCAUAGAAUCAGUGGUUUGUAAAAUUAAUUAUGCUAUAGCUACCACAAGACAACGUAAUAUUGCACCAGCAAACCUACCCAUUAUCAAAAUCCUAAUACUUUGCCGUGCACAUAACUCGUCAUCUGUUAUAACAUGCACUUGGUGAAUAAAGCCUUUUUAAAUGUUUAGGAUGUACAAAGACACAAACAAAAAAGUUGUCAGUGUAUAGUAAGUCAUGUGGUUUUGGUGAAUUUGUGAAUCAGUCCAAACCUUGUGCCAUGUGUACAUAAGAUGCAGUAUGUGUGGUUGUUGAUGUUGCUGCUGUCUUGCUUAUCUUGCGAUGUCUGUACACUUGGAGAUGAAAUGAAAAACAGCACAUUGAACAGCACUAUUUAUUUAAUGUUUUUAUGCUGGUUUACCCUUGCAUCUUUUAAAUGCCACCUCUAAAAAACCUCAAUUAUCCUGAUCUGUUGUUUCAUAUGUAUUAUGAAUUCUAACAUAUAGACACUUCAACUUUAGGCAAAGUAAUUACAUUGAUAAAGUGUAUAGUAUACAUAAGUACAUAUUGUCAUCAGUUGGAUUAUACGCAAACACAGGGGGCCUGUCUCUCCUCAAGUCCAAGGGGAACAAACUUUUUUGUGUAUUAUUAUUUUCCUGAAGGAUAAUAAAAUGUUGUUGCAAUUUGUGUCUUAAAAUGUUUCAUCUACUACAAGUCAUACAUUUAGAAGUAUAAAACACCCAAAAUCUUAAAAUUCUUUAUUCAUAAACUUGAUGCAAGUUUACUAAUUGCUGUACAUGUUCAAAACGUAUCUUAAAAUGGAAAGAAAAAUAAAACCAAAGCAUGCCAAUGGUGCAAAACUUGAUAAUCUGUUCACCAUAUGUUGGUGCCAGGAACAGAAAUUACAAUUGGGAUAGAUUAACUUUUUCAAUACACUGUCCAGUUACAGAGAAGCGUGCAAAUCUAUUCACCACAGCAAGACUAUCAAAACUGGAUGAUCUCUUAAACCCACCCCCACUGACUUAACUGCUGGUUAAGUGAGAAAUUGUUACAUGGCUGUGUCAACAGCUUCCACUUGUUUGUAAUGACACCCUGAACGGAUCAUGGUUUACCAGUCUUCUAUUCCAGGCAGUAACUGGACAAGGCUUUGGAGAUGAGCACAGCUGUUGGCAAAUUUUCAUGAGAUUUUAACCCCUCCCCCUUUGUUGGCCCGACAAACUGCAGAACCUGUACGAGUCAAACAUUUUACACAAUUUAUACAAUACAGAAUUACAGAACAGUUUGCCCAAACAAAGAAACAUUUUUGAUAUGGAAAUCUGACAUUCCAAACUUGAUUUGUGUUAUUAUGUUGACCUCUUUAGGCACGUUUUUCAGUUUGUGCAAAUGCCAUUCCCAUUAAUGAGGGACAUUAACCAUCCCUACAAAAAAAACAA